AUGAAAUACUUGAAAGGUGGUAUUCUGAUCACUGGAGAUUCCAUCGUUAGUGCUGAGGCAGUAUGGGAUCACGUCACCAUGGCCAACCGGGAGUUGGCAUUUAAGGCUGGCGACGUCAUCAAAGUCUUGGAUGCUUCCAACAAGGAUUGGUGGUGGGGCCAGAUCGACGAUGAGGAGGGAUGGUUUCCUGCCAGCUUUGUGAGGCUCUGGGUGAACCAGGAGGAUGGGGUGGAGGAAGGGCCCAGUGAUGUACAGAAUGGGCACCUGGACCCCAACUCAGACUGCCUUUGUCUGGGCCGGCCACUACAGAACCGGGACCAGAUGCGGGCCAACGUCAUCAAUGAAAUCAUGAGCACUGAGCGUCACUACAUCAAGCACCUCAAGGACAUUUGUGAGGGCUACCUGAAACAGUGCCGAAAGAGAAGGGACAUGUUCAGCGAUGAGCAACUGAAGAUAAUCUUUGGGAACAUUGAGGACAUCUACAGGUUUCAGAUGGGCUUUGUGAGAGACCUGGAAAAACAGUACAACAAUGAUGACCCCCACCUCAGCGAGAUAGGACCCUGCUUCCUGGAGCACCAAGAUGGAUUCUGGAUAUAUUCUGAGUAUUGUAACAACCACCUGGAUGCGUGCAUGGAGCUCUCCAAGCUGAUGAAGGAUAGCCGCUACCAGCACUUUUUUGAGGCUUGCCGCCUACUGCAGCAGAUGAUUGACAUUGCUAUCGAUGGUUUUCUUUUGACUCCAGUACAGAAGAUCUGCAAGUAUCCUUUACAGUUGGCUGAACUUCUCAAGUAUACUGCCCAAGACCACAGUGACUACAGAUACGUAGCAGCUGCUUUAGCUGUCAUGAGAAAUGUGACUCAGCAGAUCAACGAACGCAAGCGACGUUUGGAGAAUAUCGACAAGAUUGCCCAGUGGCAGGCCUCUGUCCUAGACUGGGAGGGCGAGGACAUCCUAGACAGGAGCUCGGAGCUGAUCUACACUGGGGAGAUGGCCUGGAUCUACCAGCCCUACGGCCGCAACCAACAGCGGGUCUUCUUCCUGUUUGACCACCAGAUGGUCCUCUGCAAGAAGGACCUAAUCCGGAGAGACAUCUUGUACUACAAAGGCCGCAUUGACAUGGAUAAAUAUGAGGUGGUUGACAUUGAAGAUGGCAGAGACGAUGACUUUAAUGUCAGCAUGAAGAAUGCCUUCAAGCUUCACAAUAAGGAGACUGAGGAGAUACAUCUGUUCUUUGCCAAGAAACUGGAGGAGAAAAUACGCUGGCUCAGAGCUUUCAGAGAAGAGAGGAAAAUGGUACAGGAAGAUGAAAAAAUUGGCUUUGAAAUUUCUGAAAACCAGAAGAGGCAGGCUGCAAUGACUGUGAGAAAAGUCCCUAAACAAAAAGGUGUAAACUCUGCCCGCUCAGUUCCACCUUCCUACCCACCACCGCAGGACCCGUUAAACCAGGGCCAGUACCUGGUCCCCGAUGGCAUCGCUCAGUCGCAGGUUUUUGAGUUCACCGAACCCAAGCGCAGCCAGUCACCAUUCUGGCAAAACUUCAGCAGGUGUUGUGGAGGGAUCAAAAAACCAAACAGAAGCAAGAGAGUGUCAGAGUAUGAUGAUUGUAGAAAGGACUUCUGUUAA